AUGGUUAAAGUUUUGGAUGGCGUGGAUAGGAUUAGAAAGGAAGAUUUUUGGGAAGAAGAGAAAGAUGGAAAAUAUGGGGGGGACCGGAAACUGGAGGAAGACAAGCAGGAGCAAUGGAUCCCUGCCUGUGUGCCUGGUACCUACUGCUCGGGGUACGAGCGCGCUAAAGGGCCCGGUCCCCACAGCGAAAUGCGGAUUAUUGUCUGUCCCCAGACAUCUCAGCAAGCCCUUACGACAAGUACUGGGUACACAUGCACG